CAACCAUUUACUUAGAUACAGUCACCCAAAACUAUUCAGCCGUUUAGGCAAAAAGUUAUGUGUUUAUAAUUGAAUUAUUAGAAGUAUUGUUAACUCAAUUUUAGAUGGAAGAAAGAAAAUAUUAUUACAAAAGUCUCAAAAUGGAGAAUUCAAAAACGAAGCAGUUGAUUAUUAUGGCUUGCAUAAGCGUAGGCCAGCUGAUAGUAGGCUGGAGUGUUGGCUGGUCAGCUCCAAUACUUCCGAAGCUCCAAGACUUGAAGACCAGCCCCCUGGAUAUAAUACCAACAGAUUUGCAGAUCUCCUCAAUAGGAUCCUUGCUGUAUAUAGGGUCAGUUGUGGGACCAUACGUAACCAGUAUCCUAUCAAACAUGGUGGGUAGGAAACCAUGCUUAAUCAUCGGAGGAGUUCUGAACGUCAUCGCCUACAUUCUGGUGGUCACCACGAAGAACAUUGCCAUGAUAUACGCCGUCAGGAUCGUCAGUGGCCUAGGCAUGGGGAUCACUAUAGUCUGCAAUAUCGUUUAUGUUGGUGAAAUUGCCUCUACUAACAUUCGAGGAAUCCUAUUAACAUCGACAUCCAUAAUGGGCAUCACUGGCACUCUACUUGUCUAUGCCAUAGGUCCCUUUGUGUCCUACGUAGGGACGGGAUACAUAGCACUAGGGAUGUGCUUGAUCCAUUUGCUGAGCAUCAUAUUUUUGGUGCCUGAGUCACCUGUGUAUUAUGCUAUGAAAGAUGAUGACAUCAAAGCCGCAAAAAUCCUGAACAUGUUAGGCCGAAGUGGAGACAUAGAAAAAGUAAUAGAGACCUACGCAAAGACCGAGGGGGAAACUUCCAGCAAAGUCAAGGACUGGGUCGAAAUCUUUACCAUCAAGUCCAACCGCUGGUCUUUGUUCAUUACUUUUAUGUUAGGAGCAUUUCAGCAGACCAGUGGAGUGGCAGUUGUUCUGUUCUUCGCGACUAAUAUAUUUGAGUUAGCUGGUUCUUCUAUAAAGCCUGAUUUAGCUACUAUUAUCAUUGGAGUGACGAGGUUGUUCUCUAGUUUAAUAGCUCCUUUGUUGAUUGAGAGUAAAGGAAGAAGGAUCUUGUUGCUGAUUUCUAUGGCUGCUUGCGCUUUUAGUUUGUCUAUUCUGGGAGUAUACUUCCAUCUGGAUAGGAUAGAAAGUCCAGUACUACCGUCUAUUGGCUGGCUGCCCCUGGUCUCUCUUAUAAUCUACUUCUUCUGUUAUGAAGCAGGUUUUGGCACAAUCCCCAACGCCAUAGUCGGCGAAAUGUUCCGAGCCAACGUGCGCUCCAACGGGUCUGCUCUCGCCAUCACCAUGACAUGGCUUGUAGGCUUCGGACUCACCACCAGCUUCACCACCAUGGUGGACGUCCUCGGAGGAGAUGUGACAUUCUGGCUGUUCGGAGGAUCGUGUAUCCUCGCCUUUGCUUUCACUUUCUUCUGCCUGCCUGAGACGAAGGGAAAAACGUUGCAUGAGAUUCAAGAGAUGCUGAGUUGAUAUAGAGAUAAACCGUCGUACGACAAAAACUUUUAAACGUCUGUUGAACACUUGUCCAAAAAAUACAGAUUAAGUAUGACGUUAAAAUAAGGUCCGUUUUGCAGUCACAUUUUUUUAGACAAGUGUUCAACAGAUGUUUAAGUGUUUGUAGUAAAGCUGUAGUUGGUUUAGAUUCUGACAUUGGAUUUAGUCGAGUCCCCUGGGAACUAGUUCACGCAUCUGGAUAAAAAGUAGCCCAAAGCCAUCUUCGAUAAAUAGGCUAUCUAAAGGCGCGGCUCCACCGCGGUGCACGGAGAGGCUACGCACAUGUAUUAAGCUUCGCUUUGUAAGAAAAUGUAUGUGGUUGUGUCCACUGCAACCCACGGAGAGGCUACGCAUGAAUUGACGUCAUUGAUACACGCGUGGCUUGCUCGAAUAGGCGGUUACAUGGCUCAACACUGUCAACGUGGGUCUACGUUUCCACUGGAGUUCACGAAUAAGACCCACGACUAUGUACAGCUCGGUUAUCGCAGAGCAGUUGUUGUAAGCGGUUACGUAGCUCAACGCUGUCAGCGUGGGUCUACCCGUGCGCCGUGCCACGCUAUACAUAGUCGUGGGUCAUAUUCGUGUACUUCAGUGGAAACGUAGACCCACGUUGUCAAACAAAUGAAUACACGCAGCUAAAAUGCGCCGCGUGUCCGUGCACAGCGUGCACUGCGGUGGAGCCGCGCCUUUACAGUGGAAGAAUUUUUCAUAUCGGCCCAGUUUCAAAUAGACAAACAAACUCUUCAGUUUCAUAAUAUUACUAGCUUCUGUCAGCGGUUUCACCCGCAUCCCGUGGGAUCUUCUGCACGGAUCCAGAUAAAAAGCAUAUGUAGCCUUUCCUUGAUAAACGGGCUAUCUAACACUGAAAGAAUUUUUCAAAUCGGACCAGUAGUUCCUGAGAUUUACGCGUUUUAAGCAAAAACUCUUCAGCUUUAUAAUAUUAGUGUAGAUAGAAUAGAUUGAUGUGAUUGAUAAAGUGAAAUUGACGUCAUGAAUGUAUUCAUUAGUUAAAUCAUCAAUAUUAUAUUUAAUUGUAUUUAUUAGUGUUAGUUUUAAAUCAGUUCAUGUAAAUAGUUUGUUUGAAAUAGUAACUGUAAAUAAUUAGGUUAUGAUUUAUUUAAUUUUAAAAUAUAGUAUUUAUUAAAUUUAAAUUGUGUGAGUUUGGGUGAUAAAUUUGCAUAAAUAAUGAGUGCAUAAUUUAAAUAAAUGUUUAAUUAUUAUUA